AUGGCAACAAGGGCGGCAGACCACCGGGCCGUCGUUAGCCCUGAUAAUGGCAACCUAACCGUCGUGGCGGCGGUACUCCUCGUCGUGGCCGCGGCCCAGCCGGCGGCGGCUGCAGCGGGAGCAGGCACCGGCAGCGCCGACGACGGGCGACGAAUCAGCCGCGGGGCGGCGGCGACGACGACGGGCCGCGCCCGAGCGCCGCUGCCGCCGGCCGUCAGGGUGCGCUGCACCGGGCUCCACGUCGUGAGGCCGGGCGAGACGUGCGCGUCGGUGGCGCGCGCCGCGGGGCUGACCGCCGGGCAGUUCAUGAUGCUCAACCCGAACCUCACCUGCGCCGCGAUGUUCCACGGGCAGUGGGUCUGCGUCCGCGGCUCGGCCAUCGGCUGACGGCUGGCCGCCCGCCGCGC